AUCAAAAAAUAACCACUGGCAGAGGGCGGGAGGAAACAGUAUUAACCAACGCGCAGUGAGCGAAGGGAAUCGUAGUUCUGUGAAGCGUACCCGGCAUGUAGUCACGCAUGCGUAAGGGUUGCUAAAGAGGGGGAGAAGAGAUGCCUUGAUGGAUGCGGUAGCGGGAGAGUGGGUUGUAGUCUAGGUCUGACUGCACCCUAAGAAUGGCAGCACCAGGCUCUGAGUGGCAGGGAUGAGGAGCCGCCGGCGGAUGUACUCCGCUGUCAUGCGCCUCUUCCUAAAAUGCCUGCGGAUAGGUCAGCGGCGCCGGUUCUGGCUGACUCGGCAGGUGGGACAACUGUGGCUGUAUGGCCAUCUCUGUUUGCGCUCCCUGUUGUACAACUCCUUUGCUGAUGGUGACACUGCUCUUGAUGCCCUCUUUGAGCCCAUCUACUGGCUAGUGGAUCAUGUCACUCGUUGGUUUGGGGUGGUGUUUGUGGCUCUGGUGAUCACAUUGACCAGCUCGGUGGUGGUCAUAGUGUACACCUGCCUACUGCCACUCAUCCUACAGACCUACCCCAUUGCCUGGAUCUUCUGGCACAUCAUCUAUGGCCACUGGAACCUCGUCAUGAUUGUCUUCCACUACUAUAUGGCCAUUGCUACUCAGCCUGGUUAUCCUCCACAGCAGUCAAAGAGCGAUGUUGCUGCUGUCUCCAUCUGCAGGAAAUGUAUUGCCCCAAAGCCUGCCCGGACCCACCACUGCAGCAUCUGCAACAGGUGUGUGUUGAAGAUGGACCAUCAUUGCCCAUGGCUGAACAACUGUGUGGGGCACUACAAUCAUCGCUACUUCUUCUCCUUCAUGCUGUUCAUGACCAUGGGCUGCCUCUACAGCAGUGUCAGUGGUUGGGACAUGUUCUGGGAAGCCUAUGCUGCCAUUGAGAGAAUGAAACUACUUGACAAGGAGAGACUGCACGUGACAGCCAAUCAGACGUACUCUCAGACACCACCACCCACCUUCUCCUUCCGGCAGCGAGCAUUCCACAAGAGUAUAGUGUAUGCCUGGGUCCUCUGCAGUUCAGUUGCCUUGGCACUGGGUGCCCUCAUGCUCUGGCAUUCUGUCCUCAUCACUUGUGGCGAGACCAGCAUUGAAAGACACAUCAACCGCAAAGAAAGAAAGAGGCUCCAAAAGACGGGCAAGGUCUUCCGAAAUCCAUACAGCUAUGGUCCUUUGGGUAAUUGGAAGGUUUUCCUGGGGGUGGAGACACAGAGGCACUGGGUUACCAGAGUUCUACUACCCUCCACGCACACACCCUAUGGAUCUGGCCUGACUUGGGACACCCCACCCUGUGUUGCGGAACAGAAGACUCCUCUCUUGACAAUAUGAAUUAACGGGCAGAGUUUACCAGCUGCUGGAAGACUUGAAACCACAGGCUGCUUUUAUGGGCAAGCAUAAGCAACAGCUCUGUUCCUAAGGUGGUGGUGACCUUACCCCCCCCCCAAUUGCAUCAGCUGCAGUAAACUAUUCCAGCAGUGUUAGAAGAAAAGCUGAAGAACCCACAGCUGCAGGCAGCUGAGGUGAGACAGGGAUGUCUUGCCCAUAUCUGUUUUGUGUUUUGAUACAUAAUCCAGCCUGUCUAGGAUGAAGUAUUGGUAUUCCUGAUAGUUGGGGCAAGGGGCGAUCCGGCUCCUCCUCCUAAGGAGCCUGGGAUGGUAUGCCAGAGCGUCUUGUUACUCUUCCUCUACAUAGGCAGGGUUUUUUAAAAAACCUUAGAAAUAAAAAUCAUUUUAAUACAA